AUGGAUCACCAUAUCACAGAACGAUCGUAUGGCUAUGUUGACCCCAACUUUCCAAAUCCAGGCGGCGAAAGGGACACCCCUGUGAUCAUUUAUGGCUACACGCCUUCUAUCGCUCUAGCAGCCUUCGCAGCCGCGUGGUUCUUCCUUCACUUCGUCUACCACACGGCACAAACUAUCAAGAACCGCAGCUGGUGGUGGAUGACCUUUUCCGCUGGUCUGAUUUUCGAGGUGAUAGGGUACAUUGCACGAUCCCUCUCCGCUAAAAAGGAUCCUUAUCACCUCAUCUACUUCAUCCUCAAUUACUUCUUCAUCGUUGUUGCGCCUGUAUUACUUGCCGCUGGUAUCUACACCAUUCUAUCAGUACUGAUCCCACGAGUAGGGAGCCAGUAUUCAUUCUUACCCCCGAAGGUCAUCCUAGCCUUCUUCAUUACUUCGGAUGUCAUCUCAACAAUCGUCCAAGUCGCCGGUGCAUGUCUCAUUGGCAUUAAAGAGUCGCGCCGGGAAGAUCCCACAACAGCGAACAAUAUCCUCCUGGGCGGUCUCGCAUACCAGGUCUUCGUCAUGACUAUCUUCGUCAUCGUGGCGGCGAGUUUCCAGUCCCGAGCUCGACGUACUAUCAGAGCAAACGGGCUGGAGCUCUUCUGCUUGGCUUUUUCCAUUUCGACCCUCAUGGUUUAUUUCAGAACUAUCUUCCGUCUUGCGGAAACUAGCCAGGGUCUUAUGGGAGAGCUGCAGACCAAUGAGGUAUAUUUCGCAUGCCUUGAAUUCGCGCCUAUUGCGCUAGUGGCUCUUCUCUUUGCCAUCUGGUAUCCUGGCCGCUGCGUAGGUGCAGCGGUGCGAGUUAAUGAUAAACCAUAG